GCGGAGGGGAAAGACCCGAGAACCCGGAGUCUGCGGUGGAGCGGGAGGAGGAGAGAUAAAGAACCAUGUCUAAUCCGUGAAACGUGCCCAUUCUGCAGCUCCGCGCCGUGCAUCGUCCACCCGGCGGCCACAGCGGCCAUCAGAGGGUGAGACCGACCCUAAUAGGGUCACCACCUCCGAGGGUGGGUCCUGAUUGGCCGGACCAGCGCUGGUGCUUGGGGAAAAACUGGCUGCCAUCUUUGACCUCCACCGAAGAGCUAAGCCCAACUGUUCCUCCUCCACCCCCCUUACAUCACUGUUCAUUGCUCUGUUGUGAACCGUGAAUCCCUCCAACUGAUUUGCUUUAGAGUACUAUGGCAAUGCAUGAUAUGAGUCGUGCCAAGGGAUACCCCUGUAAAGAAUGUGAUAUGGUUUGCCCGAGUACUCCAAGUCUUCUAGAACAUAUGAAAGCACAUUAUCAGCAAGAAGAGACCGGACGUUUUGAGUGUGAACAGUGUGGCCGAAUUUACAAGCACGCAGCUAGCUUAGCUAAUCACAAAAAGUCUCACGAAGUGGGUUCCUUCCAGUGCCCUGUUUGUACCCGUACCCUACCCAACGCUGUAGCUUUGAAGAACCACCUUCGUAUCCACACAUUGUCUCCCAGUAGCGCGCACACAGAAGAAGAGAGCGAAGAAGUACCUGAAGACGCAGGCCACGACGAGAGGGACUACGGUCUCGCCCAGGACCUCUCCGACGGGUUUGGCCGCUCCCAUUUGAAUAAUAGUGGCAUGGGACAUAGUGUCCUACAAAGCCACGAGACAGAGGAACACGGAAAAAAAGGCUCCCCUGAAUCCGACGACGCUUGGGACAGACCGUUCAAGUGCGAUCAGUGUGACAGAACCUACCGGCAUCACGGUAGUCUGGUGAACCACAAGAAGUGUCACCAACAAGGAACUUUUAAGUGCUCUGUGUGUUUCAAACAAUUCAGCAACCUGGCUGCCCUAAACAGCCACGAGAGAACUCACUCGAAGUUCAAGACUCCCGGGGCAUCAAUGGUGAGCAGCAGUGGUAGUGGCAGUAGCGGCACUCAGUCAUCCCAGAGCGAAGACACCACCUCGUGUUUCUGCCACCUCUGCCAGGUAGCCCUGCCAAAUAAAGCUGAUUUUCAGGAGCACAUCCUGAUGCACAACACAGCCUCCCCCUCCCUUGGCCUGCCCCGCAGUUUCCCAGGCAUCAUGCCUCACAAUCUGAGUGCAGUUCGAUCCCCAGCAUACACACCAGCCCUGGGGGACCCUUUGCCUCUGCCGCCCCUGCCCACUGAGAAAAGAGGUCCCUAUGACCCUAUCAUGGGCCCUCCAGUCAACAAUCCCAUCUACACAUGCGCAUACUGUGGGGCAGGACACCCAGAUCUGGAGACCUUGAAAGUCCACUAUUUAACCCAUGAUCCCCACCCUGCUUCCCAUGGGCAGGACGGAUCCAUCCUCAACUCUGACACACUAAGUUCUGGAUCACAGGGCUCAGUAUCUUCUCCCUCUGCAGGCCGUGUGCCCCAGGCCCAUUCUCCAGAUGAUGGAGAGCGCCGCUUUAAGUGUGGGGAGUGUGGAAAAAGUUACCGGCAUGCAGGAAGCCUCGUGAACCACAAACGUUGCCAUCAGACAGGCCACUACCAGUGCACCAUCUGCUGUAAGCAGUACCCUCACCUGGCAGCACUACACAGUCACCUACGAAGCCACAAGGGACGUUCCUCAAACCAGCCUAUUAAUAACGACAGCAAUGACUGGCUAUCUCCAGAGCCACUAACUCUGGACUCCCAGCAGAGCUAUGUCCAGGAAGGCAGUGGUGCCACCACUCCAAUCUCGCUGCCAGGGAAUCUCGGUGAUGCUGCCCACUUUGUACCAGAUGGUGGUCACAGCAGUGGGUUGGACUCUCUUGAGUUUCAUGAUCGUUUUGAUGGCAGCUCACUUUCCCAGAGCAACUCAGCGCACCGUCAGGCUGACAGACAUGUGUGUGCUGACUGUGGUGAGAUGUAUGGAGAUGUAUCAGGCAUCAAGUCACACAUGUGUCCCCGCCAUGGCCAGCAGCCACAGCAACAAGGCAACAUGUCCAAUGGUUUCAUGGGGAACAUGAACUAUCACAGCUCUAGUGGAACCUCAUUGCCUGCUGGAAGUUCCAGUACCUUGAAAGAAGGCGGCAGCCAACGACAGUACUCCCAAAGCGGAGGAAAGAGAAUGGGGAACAGUGACAAAGGUGACGAGGAUGAUGGUGAAGUGUAUCAGUGCUCUGUGUGCGGUAACCACUAUGCCAGCCUCAGAGCUCUUAGGAGCCACUUGCGUAGCCACGCCAACAACCCAACAGGACCAGGACCUUCCAACCUGGAACAGGAUUGGAGAAUGAUCUGCUCUACCUGUGGCCAGAGCUUCUCCAGGAAGCAGGACCUCCUGAAUCACCAGUUGGUCCAUGGCCCCCAAAGGCCAGAUGGUCAGCAACAGAGUAUUGCAAGCAGCUCAGCUAAUGGCAAUGACAAGAUGGAUGGGCGCAACCACAUUUGUGUUGACUGUGGCAUGUUUUUCGCUGACCGCCACCACCUAAUCACCCACCUAUGUCCUGGUAAGAAUCGGGCCAGUUCACUGAGCAAGCAGGGCCUGAACGGAGCCAAAGGGAUGUCUGGAGGAGAUGGCGUUGGUGGUGGGGUUGCUGGGGGGAGCCGUGAUGUUGGUGGUGAUGGACGUAGGCCUAUGGUUGACCAAAGUGACAAGCCCCACAAGUGUGACCAGUGUGGACGAGGAUACCGACACCCCUGCUCACUCCUCAACCACAAGAAGUCACAUAAAACUGGUGUUUUUCGCUGCUUGGUUUGUCAAAAACGCUACUACAAUCUGCUGGCUCUCAAGAAUCACCAAAGGACCCACUUUGACCUGAAAAGGCACAAGUGUGAGGAAUGUGGUAAGGCUUUCAAGAUCCAAAAGCAGCUGAUAAACCACCUCCGGCUCCACGAGGAGCAUCGGGCCAAAGGUCUCGUCCGAACUGGCCCAAACGGUUCCCGCUUCCAGCAGGCAGGCCCAUCUCAAAUGCAGACUAUGAGAGGAGAGUCAUCGAAGGGCCAGGCAAUGGGUGUUAAAUACAGCCAUCAAGGGUUCAAGAAACCCUACUCUUCAGCUGGAACUUCCAGACCUCAGAAGUUUGACCCUUCUGAAAGUGGACGGCGGCCUUUUGCCUGUGAAGAAUGUGGAAAGACAUACCGACAUGCAGGCAGUCUAGCCAAUCACAAGAACCUUCACAAAAUUGGAGAGUACCACUGCAAUGUUUGCAACUCUACGUACCCCAACAGGCUGGCAAUGAAAAACCACCUACGUCUCCACUUUGCCCAGAAGAAGCAUAACUGCCAAGAGUGUGGGAAGGGCUUCCGCACUCAGAGACAGCUAGCUACCCACUCUACAGCCGGCCUGUGCAAAGGCCCGCAGGGCCCUGGGGCCCAGAUGGAUUUUGAGUGCGAUGGCUGCUGUGAAGGCUUUGCUACGGCUGAUGAGCUUGCCGCCCAUGACUGCCCAGCCCAGCACCUGCCUUCGUCCUCCUCCACCAACAGCUCCACCAACAUCAGCAUGGAGAGAAGUUCUGUUGACCUGGACUCUGAUGAGAGACCCUACGCCUGUGACCUGUGCAGUUGCGCCUACAAACAUGCAAGCUCGCUGCUGAACCACAAGCACACCCACAAGACAGGCAACUUCCGGUGCAACUUCUGCGACAAGCCCUACACUAAUUACAUGGCGCUGCGGAACCACAUGCGCAUACACACACAACGGAAGAAGCACAUCUGCCACACAUGUGGGAAAGCCUUCCGGCUGGCCAGGUUCCUCCGCAACCAUCAGAAAGUCCACGAGGAGGGUGCUACCCCCUUUGGCUGCCCCAGCUGUGGGAAGAGUUUCCAGGGGAGGUCCGGUCUGGCCAGGCAUCGCUGCGGGGAGAAUCAGGUAGGCAUGGAAGUCAGGAGGAAGGCCACUGCACCCACGGGAGAGGGCGAAGAAUGUCGGUACACAUGUGAUCAAUGUGGCCGCUCCUACCGCCAUGCCAGCUCCCUCCUCAACCACAAGAACACCCACACCGUCGGCAUCUACCACUGCGCUGUGUGCCUCAAGACCUACUCCAACCUGCUUGCCCUGAAAAACCACCGCCGUAUCCACUCUGAGACACGGCGCCACCGUUGCCAUGAUUGUGGCAAGGCCUUUCGUGUUUCCUCCCAGCUCUACAACCACCGCCGAGUCCACCAGAAGCAACGGGAGCUGACAUGCCGGUCCUGCCAACGAGCCUUUCCUACACAGUCCAGCUUCAGACUCCACAUGGAGAUCACCCAUGGCCAGACACCACAGCCCCGCCAGCCCAGAGCCCAGCAGCCCCGACCAGGGGGCUCCCAGGAGUUGGGCUGGGGGUCAGGCCUGGACAUCACCUUGAUGCAAGAGCAAGGACUCAACCCAGGCAGCGUCGCAAAAGCCCGCAGUCGUGGGGGCAGCAGUGAGGUCAUUAAGUCCCAUGUCUGUGACCAGUGUGGGCGGUCUUACCGCCACGCCAGCUCCCUCCUCAACCACAAGAACAGUCACAAGACUGGGACCUACUUCUGCAACUCCUGCCAGAAAGAGUUCCCCAACCUGAUGUCCCUCAAGAACCACCGUCGGAUUCACACAGAGCCCAAACGCUACCAGUGCCCGGACUGCGGCAAGUCCUUCCGUGUGUCCACACAACUCAUCUGCCACCGCCGCAUUCACACCAAGGAAAAGCCGUUCUCCUGCCAGCACUGUGAUAAGCACUUCUCCUCCAAGUCCAACCUGAGGCACCACAUGAAGGUGCACUGGAGCGGCUCAACGGCGCCCCCUCCCAUGGCCAUGGGUGCGCCCAACUUCCUGGAUGUGAGUCCGGUGACGUCGCCCAGUGGUUCCAGGAGCUUCCCCUGUGGUCAGUGUGGGCGGUCUUACCGCCACGCCAGCUCCCUCCUCAACCACAAGAACAGUCACAAGACUGGGACCUACUCGUGCAACUCCUGCCAGAAGGAGUUCCCCAACCUGAUGUCCCUCAAGAACCACCGUCGGAUUCACACAGAGCCCAAACGCUACCAAUGUCCUGAGUGCGGCAAGUCCUUCCGGGUGUCCACAGCGCUCGUCUGCCACCGCCGUCUCCACACCAAGGAGAAGCCGUUCUCCUGCCAGCACUGCAAUAAGCGCUUCUCGUCCCGGUCCAACCUGAGGCACCACAUGAAGGUGCACUGGAGCGGUCUGCAGCUCUCCAGAGGGACGUCGUCCGCCUUCCUCACCGUCCCCUCCAGAUCCUUCCAGAUAUGAUGUGUCCUGACCCGGGGACACAAGCACAACGGCCACGCACCUCAUCACGGCCCCUGGAGGCCGGGAAUCUGACCUCUGCUCAAAACUUCAUGUUGAAAUAUAUACAAUCAAAUAUAUGAGUCUGAAAAACAUCACAGGAUUUGUGCGGAAUCGAGUCUUGGCUCCAGGUGGUUUUAAAUGACAGUAAGAAAACAUAAUUAUGGAUCUUAAAUGUUUCCAUUAGAUCCAACUUACCCCUUUGUGCACAGCUGUUGGUCCAUAAACACCUAAAUAUUUAAACAAACUUAAUAAUAAAAAAAAAAGUCAGUUUUUUCAUCAGUAGAAAUCUACAUAUAAACUAGAAUGUCUGGAGCAGCAGCAGGUUGUCGGGUCCGACUCGUUCAAACGGGAACAUGUGGGAACCUCCGGGUGAGGGGCGGAGCCUGUAGAGCAGCAGGGGGCGGAGCCUGCAGAGCAGCAGGGGCGGGACCUGACGUAUGAACUCUGCUGUGGACAGAUCAGUGUUGUUGUUUACAGCUCCUCCACACCGGCCUCGGCCCUCAUCACCAGAAGAUCUGGAAUCUCCUCGUGUUUCCAAGUUAACGUCUUCGUCUUCUACGUGUCCGGCUCCUCUUCUUCAUCCUGAGAUGUUUGUUCUUCCAGUUUCACGUCACGUGUUAGAAACCUCAUCAACACGUCCACUCGCUCACUGGGAAGCUUCCACACAUUGUCCUGCUGGUUCCUCACAUGGACUCUGACAUGUUACACACAUUCUACCAGGAGGCUGCAGGAGAAGAUCAUGAACGUGUCCAGAGACACUGACUCAGACGUUUGUUCUCCCAUAGGGAACCUGCAGAACAUGUCAGGAACACGUCUGUGGUUCAGUUCAUGUGUAAAAACAUCUACUCUCAGAUCCAAAAUCAGGAUUUUUUUAUUUUUAUCUCAACCAAAAUCAUUUUCAGACUUUCUGCAGCUUGGUAUUGUUCAGGAACAGUUUGUUUCAACUUAUGAAUAACGAUGAUGUGUAAUAACUCGGUUUAGCUCUUUUCUCGGCUGGAGGUGAACCAGUUGUUUCCUGAGACUCGUGGACAUUUUAUACGACUCAACAGAAAACAGUCAACAUUGCUUCUCCUGUAAUUCUGACGCUGGGAAACUGUUUCCAUCUAAGUUCAUGUACUUCAACUUUUAACUUUUAUUCGGCCUCCACAGAUCAGAACAAGUGCAUUAUGGGUCUGGUAUUUUUUCAUUAACGACAGUUUCUGAAACACUUGUCAGAUCAUAAUUCUUGACCUCAAUGUUUUUGUGAUCGCGUGUUGACUUGAAGUCGACAAUGAACUGACGACACGUUUUUGUUCUUAACAAUUGUAAAAAAAGCUUCGAGCUGCAGCGGUAGCAUGUUGUAACGUGUUGUCAUUCACUCAGAUCUUCAGGUUCACAACCAAACAUGACACAGCAUUGUUUCUGCCACUGGAACAGAAAACACCGUCAUUUUUACACACUUUAGUAAAACAAGAUUAUUUUAAUCAUAAUUAACAUUCAAAAAUGUAUCUAAAUAAAUUUUAAAAGUGGCAAAAAUAAGCUGUCAAAAAGAGAAACUGGAUUCAUGGAUGAGAUGGAUGAUGGUUUAACAGUCGCCUGCAGAACAGUUACAUCUUCAUCAUUGGACUCGUCUUCAUCACCUUCUACCUGCAUCGUUCUGUUCUGACUUGGUGCCUUAUCGCACACGUAUAUAUGUAUAUACUCUAUGUUUAUAUAUGUUUAUAUAUAGUUGCAAACUAACCAGAAGUAGAAAUUUGAAAAGUGAUGGUGUGUUGUCGACUUUCACUCUCUCACAAUCUGCAGAAAAGCCUCAAACUUUGACUUUUGUGAAAAUUCUGAUGUGUCGUUGAUGAAAGAACUUUAUUUGUGUGGAUCGACCAAUGAGAGACAAGCGCCUGCAGCUGUGGUGGCGGCCAUUUUGAUCCAGUCAUCUAACACACAUUUCUACAGUUCAGUGUUUUCACCAAGAGAAAAAAGAUGAACCUUGUUAUGACUUUUUAAUCUCUCACAUCUAUUGAGUUCAUGGUGCUGCUGUUGUUUAAUUACAGGUUCAAAUACGUUGAUUUUCAUCUGAAGAAAGAUCCAGGUUUCAUUAUAUGAAAAACUAAGUCAUGAUCAUAUGAGAAAACCUGUGAAAAAAUGAACACGUUUUAACCAGAUAAUAAUUUCAUGUCUGACAAUAAUUCACUUGAAUUCAGUGGGAAUACAAAAUGGUGGCGUGGAACGUCGACUGUUCUAUACAAACUAUGAUUCUUUUAUUUCAGUUGGAAAAUAUUUUGAACUGUCACUGUAAACUUUAAAUUUAAAACAAACACAGAUGUUUUUAGUUUUUCCAACAAACGAACCGUUUUUAUCCUGUUGGAUAAAAAUUGCAACAAGAUUAAAAAAAAAAUCAUUCCACACGACGAUAAUAUAACUUUAAUUUGAAACUUAAACCUUCAUGACUUUACUUCUGUUUUAAAUGUUGAGUUAUUGCACAAACGAAUCUGAUAAAUGACACAACAUUAACACCAUAUAACAUUAAUUAGGAAUUAGUGCAUUAGUUAUUAAUAUUUAUACAAAUCUCAUUUAUACAUAUGUGUAAAGAUAUAUAUCUGUGUAUAACACAAAUUCAUGAUGGAUUUUUAUGUUUUUAAUAUUUUUCAUCCUUCAGCCACAAAUAAACUGACACAAAUUAUGUUUCUAUAAUUGUCUGCUGUUUGUGAAUAUUUUAUGUUAUUGAAUCACAUUUUUUUUAAUUGUAAAACCAAACUCAUUAGCAGUGAUAAUUAUAUAUAUGAUUAUAUGAUAAGAUAGAUAAAUACAUAUAUUACUGUCUUUGAUCAUGUUGAAUAGAAAUAUUAAGUCUUUGAUCAUAUAAAUAGGACAUGCUUUUUGUGCUUCUAAUUUUCUUCUGCAUCUGCAUUUGUUUAUAAAUAAAUUCUGUUUCUACUGUGGAAACAAAUCCUC